CCGAGGAGCCCCGGACCCCCGACUCCGACGGCGCCUCGGACGCCUCGGACGCGGACCCUGUGCUGGGUCCCCGGAGCCCUUCUCCCGCCGCGGAGGCAGUUGAGGAAGAAAUGGCGGGUCCUAAUCAACUCUGCAUUCGCCGCUGGACUACUAAGCAUGUGGCUGUGUGGCUAAAAGAUGAAGGCUUUUUUGAAUAUGUGGACAUUUUAUGUAACAAGCAUCGACUUGAUGGAAUCACAUUGCUAACGUUGACUGAGUAUGAUCUUCGAUCUCCUCCUUUGGAGAUCAAAGUCCUAGGGGACAUUAAAAGGUUAAUGCUGUCAGUCAGAAAAUUACAGAAAAUACACAUUGAUGUCUUAGAAGAGAUGGGCUAUAAUAGUGACAGUCCCAUGGGUUCUAUGACCCCAUUCAUCAGUGCUCUUCAGAGUACAGACUGGCUCUGUAAUGGAGAGCCUUCACAAGACUGUGACGGACCCAUCACUGACUUGAAUUCUGAUCCAUACCAGUACAUGAAUGGCAAAAACAAGCACUGUAUUCGAAGAUUGGAUCCAGAGUACUGGAAGACCAUACUGAGUUGUAUAUAUGUUUUUAUAGUAUUCGGGUUUACAUCUUUCAUUAUGGUCAUAGUCCAUGAGCGAGUACCUGACAUGCAGACCUACCCACCACUCCCAGAUAUAUUCUUAGACAGGUCAAUUCUUCUUCGAAGGCUCUGUAGUCUGAUGGGCACUGUAUUCUUGCUUCGCUGCUUUACCAUGUUUGUGACCUCCCUCUCCGUGCCAGGACAGCACCUGCAGUGUACUGGAAAGAUAUAUGGCAGUGUAUGGGAGAAACUACACCGGGCCUUUGCCAUUUGGAGUGGCUUUGGUAUGACCCUGACUGGCGUGCAUACUUGUGGAGAUUACAUGUUCAGUGGCCACACUGUUGUCCUAACAAUGCUGAAUUUCUUUGUCACAGAAUAUACACCAAGAAGCUGGAAUUUCUUACAUACUUUAUCCUGGGUUCUCAACCUCUUUGGAAUCUUCUUCAUCUUGGCUGCUCAUGAACAUUAUUCAAUUGAUGUGUUUAUUGCCUUUUAUAUAACAACAAGACUCUUUUUGUACUACCAUACCCUGGCCAAUACCAGAGCUUAUCAGCAGAGUAGGAGAGCAAGAAUUUGGUUUCCCAUGUUUUCUUUUUUUGAAUGCAAUGUUAAUGGCACAGUACCUAAUGAAUAUUGUUGGCCAUUUUCAAAACCAGCAAUAAUGAAAAGACUAAUUGGAUGAAGACUGUAUCUUCUUUGUAAUGAGUUCAUGGUUAAAUACAUAGUUGUUAAAAAUGAGUAACUUUGCUUUCUCUCCCAGGUUGUUCCUGGAUGUCUGAAUGUAUUGCAUCUUGGCUUACAUGUUGACAGAUUUGCUAGUUCUGAGCAAGCCUGUAAUUAUUUUAAAAAAAGAAAAAGAAAAAAAAUACAAAAAAUGAAUAAGAGUUCUUACUUAGUUGUGUGAACAGAAAGUUUAAGUAGAGUUUUUCUGCCCUUUCACUUUAGGAAGACUCAUGUUUGAUUCUUGUCAGGCUAUUACUCUUAUUGAGUAUUUGCUUAAUGAAUGAAUGUAAGCAAACCAAUUUUAACAGCUUGUUGGCUGAAGAGUUUUUACUGAUUUCUAGUAGGACUUCAGUUAAGAAAUAAUACUCUUUUAACCUCUUUAUUAUCUUCAAAAGGAAAACACCUUACUAAGUGAACACUACUUGUUCUUUGAGCUAAUCUCUAUGUCUAUCUAGAAAGUGUUUUAUUGACAAAUAUUUUUUGCUUUCUGAAUCAUCUUUAAGCAAAGUAUACUGGUACAAGGUCCUGAGUUCAAACUAGUAAGCCUGAAACAAGAGAAUGCGAGUAGCCACGCAUGAAAUGACAAAAUACUGAUGAGGAUGUCACUGGCCUUCUCAUUAAUGCAAAUGUAGGGCUAGCAUUUUUCACCAAAGAUGCAACAAAAAAUGCAAUUCCUAUUUUGUGCUGAAGGUUCAGUGAGAACAUCAGUAAGUAUUCAUGAGGGAAAGAUGACUGCAUUCAUAAUAAUAAAUUGAUGUAAUUUAGGUGGCAUAUGGACCUGAAAUAACUUUGUGCUGUAAUUGUUGGACAGAUGACAGCACGAUGUAACACUUUUUUAAUGGUAUUAUUUAAUGAGCCAAAUAAGAGUGUUUUAUGAAAUGUUAAAGUUCUUGUCAGUAAGGGAAGUUUGCAUGCAGAUUUUUUCGUCUUCUGAAAAGAAAUGAAAAGAUUGUAGGUAUAGUGUUAAUUUUUUUUUGUUUUUGAAAUUUCUCAUUCUUAACUGUCAGAAGUAAAUAAUCUGAGACAUAGUUGGAUACAAAAAAGAAAGUUUGUUGUUUUUUAUUUUUUUAAUGUGUAAAUACAUUUUUAUAGUAUUAAUUGGCAAUCAGAAAAUUAUAUAACUCCUGUUUACAAUCCAGAAAUUUAGUAUAGUAAGUAAUUUCACCUCUGGUAACAUUUGUCACUUUAUUUUAAGGAUUUUUACAUUACUAGCAGUGUUAGUAUGGCUGUAGAAUUGGAAGUUGAUUUCCCAACUGAUGUACUUAGAUGGUGAACAUAUUGUGUGGUUUUUACAUUUCAUUUUAAAUUAAGGAAUUGCAGAAGAUGCUGGCAGACUGAGAUCUAAAAUUAGACAAUAGCAGAAACCUGCUCCUUCCUUAUCUGGAUGAAAUAUUUUAAUUUUGCACUUUGAGUAAUGGUCCUAACCCUCCUAUAUAUGCUACCGAAGAGCCUAGAUAAAUUAGAUAAGGAAGAAAUAUAAUGAAAGUACGUUUUAGCUACUACUAAAGAAUAAAGGAUGUUUCAUAUA